AUAUUCUUUUCAUUUUCAAGUAUGUAUGUGUUAUUAGAAACUUUCCUGAAAAAUAAAAAGUUCGACGUUGCCUUCAAAUGUCAACUGUGUCAAAAUAGACAGAAAAUAUUGAACCUGUUUGUUUUCUCAAAUGUCACAAUCUCAUUUUGUCUCUUAGAUUAUUACUAAGCUCUUCAGUAAUGCAUGUUCUCUCUUGGGUGUCCAUCAAAUCAAUUUGAAAGCAUUUCAAACAAUUAUCAAUGCUCCAAUUAUAGAUCUUCAGUAAAUCUGACAUUCUUUGCAAUCAGUCAUUAUGGCUGUUAGCUGGGAUAAAUUGAGUUCCAUGGUAGACUCUGUUAAUACUCGGUCUCCCAAUGCUUUGGAGCAGCUAUUGGAAGAAGUCAAUUUUCAAAGGAGAAAGGAACGGAGAAAAUAUGUUAGAGAAGACUCAGACUUUGUGCUCCUUCAUGGAACACCAUACUGGACUGAUUUGUUUGUUCGGCACUUCCUGUUUGAAUCAGAUCAAAGUAUUGAUGCUGAUGAUCUCUUAUUCUUUGUAAGAAAAAAGCUAAUCAAAGGAUCAACACGAUUUCUAAUGAAAUUUGAGACUGAAGUUGAAGUUUUCCGUCGAGAUAGCAAAAAGCUACCCAUUGGAGAUCCCGACGUGGCGUGGGAGGAGACUUUAUAUUUGAACUUGAUCAUCCAUCAAUUUGAUUACAUGUUAACCUUGGCAGUUUGCACAAGAACAAGCCCUAAAGAUCUUCAGGUUUUGAAGCGUCAUUGUCAAAGGGUGUAUGCCUCACCUAGUCGUAGAAGAAUGGACGUUAAAGGUGAUUUAGAAGAAAUAACAUAUCCCAAUAUUUGUUUUAUGGUGGACAAUUUUGACGAGGUUUAUGAAGAUAUGCUCGUAAGAGAUGGCGAGAUGGUUUGCGUCGAACUUGUUGCCACCAACAGACGUGGAGUCCCUCAGGGAGUCCUUUUCUUGGGCUCUAUUCGUUACGAAGCCUUAAAGAAAGUCUAUGAUUCUAGAGCUAGUUUAGGUACAAGAGUCGCCCAAAAGUUUUCGAUGGGUUUAUGGAAUGGAGCAAGUACACAUCGCAUGGAGUUUGUUCGCAUGAAAGGUCCCCAAGGAAAAGGCCACUCUGAAAUGGCCGUAACAAAGCCUAAAAGUUCUGGGUUAGACACCCCAUGCUCAGAACCAGGCUUUAGCGCCACAGAGCUUUGGGAUGCGGAGUGGGAUUCUGAGCCGGAAGACUUGUGCUCCAACACCCGACAGAGACGUUUGAGCGAGCCAAGUGGAGGUAUGCCAAUCAGCAACCGUUGUCAACGACCCAACACUAGUCAUCAAAUGAACGGGACUACUAACAUGUCCCGCUCAGAAAAUGAAGGUCUUGAUAAGUGCAACAAUACUUGGAAUGAGAUUGAAGCCGGUGAUGUUCGAGACGGCAUGCUGGCUGAGGAGCCGGAGUCAACGGACGUGCCCGGCCGCAAGACGGGUGCGACGUUCAAGCAGCUGGUGGAUGGAAACCGAGUUCACUUUCGUGACGGUCAGUCGGCUCGGUCCAGUGAACCUGCUGGCCCUCGCACCGAAUUGGACGAUGGAGUGUGUAAUCCACUUUGGACUAUGAAAGGAUUCACCCAAACCUUCCAUUACUUGAAAGAGUCACGACGUGCUCAGUCGGUGCCUCUUAACGCGCUUCUUACUUACGUCACUGUCCCUUGGUAUUCGAUUAUUGCCGAUAUUUUGGACCAUCACGACGCGCCUACUCUUACUUUCUAGCAUACUCAACCACUUUCUUUCGGCAUUUUUGCUAUUGUCAAGGAUCUCUUCUAUUUUCUAGUUAUUUCUAAGUCAUUACUGUUUGUUUGUUUUGAUAUCAACAAAGGAAAUGGCCCGUCUUCGGUCGAAGAUGCGGCCCGAUGUUUCACAAUCAUAUUCUAGAUGUUUGCUUAUUUUUCUUCAAGAUAAUAUUUUUUUUUCUGUUAAAUUCAUGGUACACAUGAAAUACAAUUGUUUGGUGAAGCAAAAUUAAAAAAAUUUAA